AUGUCUCCAGGGAUGGUGAAAUUCCUGGCACUGUUCCUUUUUCUAUCCCUUGAAGAGUGCCAAAGAGUGACCACAAAGUGCGCUCAAACCCAAUUCUUCACUGUUCCUCAUGACUGGUAUCAGCCAGGGACACUUCUCAUUGGUGGGAUGGCAUCUCAGGUCAUUUAUGUAUUUAAUGAAGUUUCCUUCAAAAAUAUACCUUCACAAGAUAUUGGCUUUGAUCUUCCAGUGAUGCUGACCAAGUUCUACCAGAAUUCUUUGGCUUUGGCAUUUGCUGUAAAUACAAUCAAUAAGUCGCCAACAAUUUUGCCAAAUAUCACAGUGGGAUUCCACAUCUAUGACACCUACUAUGAUCAGAGGAUGACCUAUUACAAUCUUCUCAAUUUGCUCUUUAAAUUGCACCAUUUUCUUCCUAAUUAUGCAUGUGGACUCCCUAAAAACUUAAUUGCUGUUGUGGGAGGUCUUGCAUCUGACACCUCUUUUCACAUGGCAGAUGUUUUAGGACUCUACAAGAUUCCACAGCUCACAUAUGGAUCAUUUGCUCCUGAGGACACUGUAAAACCCAAGGAUCCUAUUUUUUAUCGCAUGGUCCCAAAUGAUGAAAACCAGUACAUGGGAAUUAUCCAUUUGCUUCUACACUUUGGCUGGACAUGGGUGGGUCUUUUUACAGGAGAUGAUGAUAGUGGAAAAUAUUUCUUGCAAAGCAUGGAAGCAUUGUUUUCCCAGUAUCGAAUCUGUUUAGCCUUCGUUCAGGUGUUUCCACGCCAAGGCCGUGUCUUGUCCAGUGAUGAUAUGGGUACAUUUGGAAAUCUCCAUGUAUCUGUUAUGGAUCAGAGGGCCAGAGCAUUUAUCAUCUAUGGAGAUACCAUGAAUCUUAUGUGGUUAAUUACCUAUAAUACUCUUCUAGUUUCUGAUCACGCAUAUUUUGGGAAGGUGUGGAUCAUGACAGCUCAGAUGGAAUUUGCAGUAACAGGAGUGACCAGACGGAUGGAUUUUCAAAUGUUCCAGGGUGCCAUAUCCUUCGCAAUUCAUUCCAAGCAACUUCAGGAAUUUCAGAUAUAUCUUCAGAAGAAAAAUCCAUACAAGCCUGAAGGUGAUGGUUUUGUCCAGUUGUUCUGGGAACAGGUUUUUGAAUGUUCAUUUCCAAACUCUGGGGAACCAUUGGAGCAGGAUGAACUAUGUACUGGGAAGGAGAACCUGGCUAAGCCUCCUCAAUCUGUUUUUGAAGUGAGAAUGAAUGGCCACAGCUACAGUAUUUACAAUGCUGUCUAUGCGGUAGCCCAUGCUCUUCACGCAAUGCACUCAUCAAAGACUAAAUACAGAACAGCAAUGGUAACUGGGAUUCAUGACACGGAUGAAUGUAUGCAGUGCCAAGAUGAUCAGUAUCGAAGCCAGAGCAAUGACAGCUGUUUCCCCAAAAUAAUAACCUUUCUUUCCUAUGAAGAACCAUUAGGAAUGGGUUUAGUCUCAAUUGUCCUUUGUUUUUCACUGGUCACGGUCUUGGUGUUUAUUACUUUUAUUAAACACAGUGAUACAGCCAUAGUCAAAGCCAAUAACCGAGAACUCACCUAUAUUCUUCUUUCCUCUCUCCUGCUCUGCUUCCUCUGCUCUCUUUUAUUCCUUGGCCAUCCCCACAAAGUCACUUGCCUCAUUCGUCAUGUUGCUUUUGGUAUCAUCUUUACUGUGGCAGUUUCUUGUGUGUUGGCCAAAACCAUCACUGUGGUUCUUGCUUUCAUGGCCACUAAACCAGGAUCCAAUGUGAGAAGGUGGGUGGGAAAAAGGCUGGCCAACACCAUUGUCCUUUCCUGCUCUCUCAUUCAAGCUGGCAUUUGUACUACAUGGCUGGCCAUUGCUCCUCCGUACCCCAGGUUGGAUAUGAAAUCUCUGCCAAACAAGAUAAUAGCAGAAUGCAAUGAAGGUUCUACCUUUAUGUUUUACUUUGUCUUGGGCUACAUGGGACUUCUGUCCAUCAUCAGCUUCAUAGUGGCUUUCCUGGCUAGAAAUUUGCCAGAUGCUUUCAAUGAAGCCAAAUUCAUCACUUUUAGCAUGCUCAUGUUUUGCAGUGUUUGGCUGACUUUUAUCCCAACUUAUUUGAGUGCCAAAGGCAAAUACAUGGUAGGUGUGGAGAUCUUCUCCAUUUUGGCCUCUGGGACUGCACUGCUUGCCUGUAUCUUUUUUCCAAAAGUUUAUAUUAUCCUGCUGAGACCUGAGCUGAAUAAUAAGGAGGGAUUAAUAAGGACAAAGAAUAAACCAGUGAAAUUGCAUGCUCUUAUAUAA